ACAGCAGUGCUGGUUCCUGCACAUGAGGAGGAGUUUAGUGGCUGUUUGCGGAGUCAGAAAUGAAGAAAUGACUAAAGAAGCAAGAAUGAAGGAUGAAUGAUUACUCUCUUCAGCAGGAGAACGAGCUCGAGGCGCUGGCGUCCAUUUACGGAGACGAUUUCACUGACAUCCGAGCGCAGGAUCCCUGGAAGGUCCGGCGUCCCCCAGAGGUGUAUCUCUACCUGCGGCCGAAGGGUCUCAGUAAUGGACAGAGCAGUUUCGUCUCGGUGGACCUGCAGGUCAAAUGUCCAGCCACGUACCCUGAUGUGCCUCCAGAGCUGGAGCUGAAGAACGCUAAAGGACUUUCCUUCGACAAACAAGAGAAGCUGAAUGUGGAGCUCAAUCAACUGGCCAGAGAGCGAUGCGGAGAGGUGAUGAUCUACGAGCUGGCGGAUUUUGUUCAGGGUUUUCUGACCGAGCACAAUGUUCCUCCGUCCAGCUCUUUCCACGAGGAGAUGCUGAAGAACCAGCGGCGUCAGCAGGAGCGUCUGGCUCUGGAGGAGCAGGAGAAAAUAGACCAGCGCCGCAGACUGGAGGAACAGAUGCAAAAUGAGAUCCUUGCAGAAAUUCAGAGGAGAGAAGAGGAGAGGAAAGAAGAAAAGAGAAAGAAAGAGAUGGCCAAACUGGAGCGUCAGGAGAGCUCUGUUUCGGUUCCUCCUCCUCCUCCUCCUCCAGAAAGACAGACGUCUGUCUCCUCAGGGUCUCCAGUGGAUUCGUCUGAAGUGAAGAAAGCUCUGGUGAACAGACGCAGAACCACAUCCAGCAGCAGACACAGACGGGACACGUAUAAUGAGGAUAAUGCGCGUCAGCAGGAAGUUCUCCACUUCAGCAACAGUUCUCUGGGAGAGGUGGUCGUGCAGCGAGGAAAGUGCAUCGGUGAGAGCGAGCGACUGGGCCGCAGUGUUUAUUACGCCUUCAACUCCACCUCUGGAGAUUUCGCCGUGGUUUAUGAGUGGAUCCUGAGAUGGAACAAAACCAUCGGGAAGUUCUUCACCAGCCAGGAGAAGGAGAAGAUCGAGAAAUGCAAAAAACAGAUUCAGGGAGUGGAGAGCGAGCUGAACUCUCUGCUGAAGCUCCAGCAUCCUCAUCUGGUGCAUUAUCAGGCCAUGAGCAUCAGUGAGCGCGAGGACAGUCUGACGGUGCAUCUUCUGGCCGAACUCGUGUCUGGCUGCAGUCUGGCUGAGCGGGUGACCAGCGGGUGUGCGGUGCCGGUGGAUGAGCUGCGGCGACACACACAACAGCUGCUCAGCGCUCUACAUUACCUGCACACUAACUCAGUGGUGCACAAGCAUCUGAGUGCCUCCUGUGUGCUGCUGGACGCUCGUGGGGACGUGCGGCUCUCCGACUACAGCCUGUGCAAGCGUCUGUCGGAUGUGUGUAAGGAGGACAUCUUUGAGCAGAGUCACGUGCGCUUCAGCGAGGACACUCUGCCGGCGCGGGCGGGUAAGAAAGGGGACGUGUGGAGCUUCGGGCUGCUGCUGCUGUCGCUCGCUUUGGGCCGAGAAGUCAAGGAGUAUCCGCUGACAGUGCCCGACACGCUGCCCUCAGACCUUAGAGACUUCCUCAACAGGUGUGUGUGUCUGGAUGACGCCGACCGCUGGCACACUCAUCAGCUGCUGGAUCAUCAGUUCCUCAGACCUCCAUCACCCAAGAGUCUGCCGCCCUGCCAGGAGUCCAGUCCAGAGGACACCGGUGUAGAUUUCGCCUCCACCGUGGUGCCGCGCAGCCUGCUCCUCAGCGCCCCCUUCAGUACAGAGGUGCAGAAACAGUUUUCCAGAUACUAUAAUGAGUUCUCAGAGCUGCAGCUGCUGGGAAAAGGAGCCUUCGGGGCCGUUAUUAAGGUCCAGAACAAGCUGGAUGGCUGCUAUUACGCAGUGAAGCGGAUCCAGGUGAACCCGGCCAGCAAACAGUUUCGCAGAAUUAAAGGCGAAGUGACUCUGCUGUCGCGGCUCAACCAUGAGAACAUCGUGCGCUAUUAUAACGCCUGGAUCGAGCGGCAGGAGAUGUCUUCAGGAGCAGAGCUGACCAGCGACAGCUCUGAGGCCUUCAGCACACCCGAGCGUCCUUCCCGACCCGCUGCUCCGUCCCGCAGGAAUGAGGAUCUGAGUCUGCUGGGACGCCUGGAGGAGGAGGCUCCGCCGCCGGCUCUGGCCAGCUCUGUGGAGUGGAGCACGUCUCUGGAGAGAUCCAGCAGUGCUAAAUGCAGCACCGCAGACUCAGAAGAUGAAGAUGAAGAGGAGGAGGAGGAGGACGUCUUCUGUCCAUCAUUCCUGCCUCCUGACAGCGACUCUGAGAGCGACAUUAUUUUCGACAAUGCUGACGCCAGCAGAGACAGUCUCCUACAGCAAGAGCCCAGCAGAAGGACAGCAGCAGAUCCGUCAGACAGCACAGACUCUGAGAAACCGCUGCUCAUCGCUCAUUACCUGUACAUACAGAUGGAAUACUGUGAGAGAAGCACUUUAAGAGACACCAUUGAUCAGGGUCUGUUUGAGGACAGCAGUCGCCUCUGGAGGCUCUUCAGGGAGAUCCUGGACGGACUCUCAUACAUACAUGAACAGGGGAUGAUCCACAGAGACCUGAAGCCUGUCAACAUCUUCCUGGACUCUCAGGAUCAUGUGAAGAUCGGAGACUUCGGCCUGGCCACCGAUCAUCCAGCUAAUGUGGCUGCAGGUAAACUGGAAGUGGAUGAAAGCAGCUCAGGGUUCGUCCCAAAACCAGAUCCCACAGAUAACAUGACUGGUAUGGUGGGAACGGCUCUUUAUGUCGGUCCAGAAGUUCAAGGAAACACUAAAGCCACAUAUAACCAGAAAGUGGAUCUCUUUAGUCUGGGCAUCAUCUUGUUCGAGAUGUCCUACAGACCCAUGAGCACCGCAUCAGAGCGGAUAUUUGUGCUCAGUCAACUCAGGAAAGAGUCGAUUAAUUUCCCUGAAGAUUUCUGCAAGUAUGAGAGUGGAACGCAGAGGAAGGUGAUUGGCUGGCUGCUGAACCAUGACCCAGCGCUGCGUCCGACGGCGGUGGAGCUGCUGAAGAGUGAUCUGCUCCCGCCGCCGCAGAUGGAGGAGUCGGAGCUGCACGAGGUGCUCCAGCACACCAUGGCCAACGUCAACGGGAAAGCCUACCGGACCAUGGUGAACCAGCUGUUCUCCCAGAACAUCUCGCCUGUCACCGACUACACCUACGACACCGACAUACACAAGGGCAGUUUUCACCUGGCCUCUGCUAAACUGCAGCAGUACGUGUAUGAAACCGUCACCAGGAUCUUCAGACGACACGGUGCGGUCCGUCUGCAGACGCCGCUGCUCUUACCCAGGAACAGGCGUCUGUAUGAAGGCUGUGAGACGGCGUGUUUCAUGGAUCACAGUGGCAUGCUGGUCUCUCUGCCGUAUGACCUCAGGCUGGCGUUUGCUAGAUUUGUGGCCAGAAACAACAUCUCACAUCUCAAAAGGUACAGCAUCGAGCGUGUGUACCGGCCUCGUAAGCUGGACCGUGUUCACCCUCGUGAGCUGCUGGAGUGUGCGUUCGACAUCAUCAUCCCCGUCAGCAGCUCUCUGAUGCCGGACGCCGAGGCCAUUUACACCAUCAGUGAGGUCAUCCAGGAGUUCAGCGCGCUGCAGGACAGAAACUACACCAUUCACCUGAACCACACCAGUCUGCUGAAGGCCAUCCUGCUGCACAGCGGAGUCCCAGAGGACAAACUCACACACGCUUCCAAUAUACUGUGUGACGCCAUGAGUGAGAAACUGACCAAGCGGGAAGUGGAAGCCAAGUUCUGUAACCUGUCCCUGUCCAACAACAGCAUGCAGACGCUGUAUAAGUUCAUCGAGCAGAAGGGUGGUCUGCAGGAGCUGCUGCCGCUCAUCAACUCUCUGAUCAAACAGAAGAGCUCGGCUGUUGCUCAGAUGGCCAAACAGGGCCUGAAGGAUCUGGAGGAGCUGCUCAGCCUGCUGAAGAAACUGACCCUGAAGCUGCAGGUUGUGGUGAAUCUGGGUUUGGUCUAUAAGGUUCAGCAUCACUGCGGCGUCAUUUUCCAGUUUGUGGCGUUCAUCAGGAGACGGAAACGAACUGUUCCUGAUAUCCUGGCGGCUGGAGGACGCUACGAUCAUCUGAUCCAUGAGUUGCGUGGGCCGACAGUGUCCGGUGUGGUGCCGUCAGCAGUGGGUGCCAGCUUGGCUCUGGAUAAGAUCUGCUCUGCUGUGUCCAGCAUGGAGGAGCCGCCUCCUGUGAGCUGCUGUGAUGUGCUGGUGGUUCCUGUGGGUCAGUCCUCCAUGAGCAGAGCUGUGAGCGUCACACAGAAGCUCUGGACGGCCGGAGUCUCCUCAGACAUCGUCUAUGAUGUGGCGCAGUCACAGGAAGCUCUUCUUGAGCACUGCAGACAGGCUGGAAUCACAUUCAUGGUUCUGGUGUCUGAUAAAGAAGGAAAUUACCUCAAGGUGAAGUCUUUCGAGAAGGAUCGUCAGUCGGAGAAGAGAAUUCCCGAGUCGGAUCUGGUGGAGCACUUCAUCCAGAAGAGCCGGACCAAACUCUCCGAGGAGAGAAACAGAGAGAUUUCUGAGAGCGCGUCUCUACAGAACCCAAAGGGAUCAUUACUGGGAAACUCAGGUGUGUGUGAUUCACACUGCAGCAGCGGCCUUAUGUCCAUGAAUGUGAACCUGGUGACUCCAGAGAAGAUCUCAGCCAGUUCCAGGCGGAGAUACGAGACGCAGAUCCAGACACGACUGCAGAAUCUGAGCAACAGCUUGCAGAACAGGAGCAGCGACAUUGAAGUGCUGGCCGUCGAUCUGCCCAAGGAAACACUCAUCAACUUCCUGUCCCUGGAGUUUGACGGCGAGGAGCAGUUCAACAUCAGUGUGAAGACGCUUCUGUCUCGACUGCCCAAACAGAGAUACCUCAAACUGAUCUGUGAACAGCUCCAGCACUUCAAGAUAUACAAGAGAGUGUCAGUGGUGGUCCUCUACAGCUACAGAGAUGAUUAUUAUAAGAUCCUCCUGUGAAGGAGUGUUGUUCUGCAGAUCUUCCCCUUUACAGAUGAGUCGAGUGUUUCUGUGCUGCAGAUUUAAUGCCAAAGCCUGAUCUAAAGGGUCCAGCAACCAAUCACAAUACUGUACAGUCCAGAGCUGAAGUAAUAAAGUAUUUUCCCUUAA